UUGCGGGACAGUGAGAGAGAGAGAGAGAGAGAGAGAGAGAGAGAGAUACGUUGAUUGACACCUGGAGUGUCCUGCAGUAAAGAUGUGUGUGGGGAGAUCGUUUAUAUAUAGCGGCGCGUCCGGGCACAUUGUUCAUAAUUGCCACUCUGAAGCCCACUGCGCGGCUCAAGUUGAAGGCUACGGCAGUUAGUACCGCCAGGGAUAGAACAAAGCAAUCCUUUUCGGAAAAAGGACGACUAAAUGCAUCAAUAACACGACUUUGCUUGAAGACACCCAACUCUCAAGUUUGAACUGGUUUCAUUUUGACAUUUUGAACUCAUAUUGAGGCACAGUGCGAACGCCAAGCACAUCGGGACAUCAUGCACUGUCAAGCCGAGUUGAGACUCUCCUCCUCCGGGCAGCUGAAAGCAGCCAGGCGUCGCUACAAGACUUUUAUGAUUGACGAAAUUCUUUCCAAGGAAACUUGUGAUUACUUUGAGAAACUUUCUCUUUACUCAGUAUGCCCUUCACUCAUCGUUAGGCCUAAACCUCUACACUCAUGUUCGGGAUCCUCCUCACUGCGGGCCUACCCCCUUCUCUCAGUCAUCACGCGGCAGCCCCCCAACAUGCCUCCUCACCUCUCCCAGCCCUCAUCUCCCGGGCAGGUUCCCCACCUGCCCCUGCUCUCCCCCCAGCACCACUCCCGGGUCUCCGAGGCCUCCCACAGCGAGACACCAGUCAGCAUCAGCAGCGAGUCAGACACGGAGCACAGCACCACCCGACUGAAGAAACCCAGACGCAGCCGCACCAUCUUCACUGAGCUGCAGCUCAUGGGCCUGGAGAAGAAGUUCCAGAAACAGAAGUACCUCUCCACCCCUGAUAGACUAGACCUGGCCCAAUCCCUAGGCCUCACACAGCUUCAGGUGAAGACCUGGUACCAGAACAGAAGGAUGAAGUGGAAGAAAAUGGUGCUGAAGGGAGGACAGGAGGCCCCCACCAAGCCCAAGGGCAGGCCUAAGAAAAACUCCAUCCCCACCACCGAGGAGAUAGAGGCAGAGGAAAGGCUGGCCAGGCUGGCUGAGGAGGAGAGAAUGAGGAUGGCAGCCGAAGAGGCCUUGGCCGACAGAGAAGCUCCCCCAGUCGGAACCCCAUGACCUCAGCACGGUCGCUGGGGCUACAGAGACCUAAUCCCACGGCGGUGAGCGAGGGUCGAGAGCAGCAAGUGCAGUCACUCCCGAUGCAGUCAGAGACACAUGCUGCCAGCUAAAGAAGACAGUUAUUCAUGUCUGAAUGAAACAGCCAAAGACUGGCGCUGACUGGAAAACAGAAGCACUUACUGUUGUGCCUCAGGAUCACUGAAAAAAGCCUGUCUGGUGUAGAUUAGUCAGUCGUGUGUGAGGUUUGACUAGAGUGGGUGACAUUCAUAGGUACGGUAGAUCAGUUUGGUUUUGCCAUAUCACUUUUGCCAUAUACUGGAAUAAAAUGGUGUUUUAAAAAGAGUUUACAUGUAGAUUUAGGUGUAUAUACAAAUGAAACAUCCAGAAUUGUACAGUGCAUUUUGUCCCUGUGUUUUUGUUUUCCUAUUAGAACAACAUUAUCACCUCCCCAGCCUCAGACCUGCUUGUUUACCGAGAGAGGACUCCUUUAGUCACAUGCUAUUUAGUUUGCCUGAGUGUUGUAGCUAUAUGUAAAUCAAUACUGUGCCACAGAUAUAACACAAAAUGACCACACUGGUCAUAGUGCCUUUUUAUCUCAGAGGAUAUAACAAGCUUUACCAGUCUAGAAACACCAAGGUUUAUUAAUACUAAAUUCAUAUCAAGUGUUCUUUAACAGUGUUUUCCUUUUGCUUAUUAAAAAGAGCAACACUUUGGUAAUUAAUUACUAUAUGCUCUGAAUUACAGUUAACACUGCCAUUGUACUUAUUUUGUCAAGCUUUGAAGGGAAUUGUAUUUCUGUCCAUGAGCUACAGUAUUGUCUUGUUUAUUUGGUCAAUUAACUUGUGUUGUGUUGCUUUACAUUGUAUAGGUUUAAAAAAAAAAAACAUGUCAGAUAACGAUAUACAGUACCAGUGAAAAGUUUGGACAAACCUACUAAUUCAAGGGUUUUUCUUUAUUUUUUAAAACUAUUUUUUACAUUGUUGAAUAAUAAUA